AGCUAGCCGCAUGGACUGAAACUUCUCCUGUGGUCCACUGUAGCUCGGCUAUCUCAGGACAUGCAACGACGUAAUGUAGCGAUUAUGCACGUUCAUAUGCCUUUCCCCUCGACUUGUUGAAAAGGACUGAUCUGGUGUGUGUUGUGCGCCUGACUUGUCUUGCGCUUUUGUGCGGGCAUGGUGGUUCUAAAAAUACCCAGCUCAAAACGCCAAAUUUGUCGAUGCCAUACUCUGGUGUGAGUGUGUAUGAUUGGCUGAAAGGAACACCGUUCUAGCCUUUGUUGAUGAAUCCACCACGCGUUUAAGAUCGGCGAUCUGUAACAACACCGUCGUUACAUAAUAGCAACAAAACUCAAAGAUGGCCCAGGACGUUGCCAAUGUUGCCAGGAGAGUGAACGAAGCAGUCGAGGAAGGAAAGACUCAUUUAGACCUGUCCAACUGCAAGCUGAUCAGCUUUCCUGAUGGGGUCUUCAAGGUUCUGAGGACGGUCACUGAGAACAUCCAGACCAUGACGCUGGCCGACAACGAGCUGAAAGCACUGACCAACAAGUUCUUCGCCACGUUUGGGCAGUUAAGAGAGUUGGACCUGCAGGGAAACGUCCUGACCAAACUGCCGGACGCGGUUGGGGGCAUGGAACACUUGACCAGCAUCAACCUGGCCCGCAACAAGCUCCAGAGCUUUCCGGAACGGCUGGUGGACAUCCCCACGCUCGAGAGCAUCAACCUGGAGGGAAACGAGAUCACCGAUUUACCAUUGGAGAAGCUGAGAGCUAUGCCGGCCUUGAAGACCGUGAAUUUGAGAUCCAAUCCACUGGAGGGCCAAGUCUGUGACGCCUCCAGUCUCAGUUUCGAAUUGAUUUUGAAUCCAUGAUUUAAAAUUAUACACUAUAUACUUUUUUUUCAUUUUGGACGCAAUGGUUGGAAGAGUUAGUAGCCUUACUCGAGUGAGUUCUUUGCUUUUUUUAAGUUUUCACUUUGUGAUAUGCAAGGCUAUUGGAUUAUUAUUUUCUAUUUAUCUGGCUGAUUUUAUUUAUUUAUUUUAGCCAAAAGAUGUACGUACACACUCCUUGCAUGUACAAUACAACAACAUUUCCGUCUUUUGAAGAUGAAAACUGCAUGUGAAAAAAAACACAUGACCGUUUCAUUAUGAGUUAUUACAAAGCAACACCUGGAGAAGUUGAGAGCUAUGCCGGCCUUGAAGACUGUGAUUUGAGAUCCAAUCCAUUGGAGGGCCAAUUCCCUGAUGCCUCCAGUCUCAGUUUCGAAUAGAUUUUGUUUCAUUAUGGGUUAUUACAAAGCAACACACAUCUAUGGGGACGGGCAUUCAUUCAGAUCGUGUCAGUCAGAUGAGUUUAGCUGUAAACAACUAGGCAUCGUUUCAAAGCUUCAAUAUGUUUACCCAGGGCCGCAGAAACUAAAGCUUUGGCCAUGCCCGGGAAAAAUUCAUCUGAAAGGGCCCCCCACACUCAACACAUACAACGUAAUGGAGACCCAAUCCUGGUGCCCAUGCCCCGGUUUUUCUUGGGCCUGAGACAACUUACCCCUUUGUCGCGCACCUUUUAUCCCAGAGAGCUUUGCUCAGCUCAACGCUGACAAAGCUCAUCUGUUUUGAAUCACAACACGUGGUGAUGAAUGGUGUGACAAUCACACUUCCAUGUUUCUCAUGUAGAGAUUUUGCUCUCCCGAAGUAGCCUAGGCAGCAGCUACCUCAGCCACUGAAGUGUGUACGCAGUGUAUAGUGUGUGCAUCGACUACCGAUAGUAAUGGGGAAAACACAUUGCUUUUGCAGAAAAACAGCUCGACAUACUGUACAGUCAUUUCACAGAGCAUUUUCUCUCUCUCUCUCUCUCUCUCUCUCUCUCUCUCUCUCUCUCUUUCUCUCUCUCUCUCUCUCUCACACACACACACACACACAUACACACACACAGGGGUUGUGAUGCGUUUGGAAAGAGAAGAGUUUUCCUCAUAUCUCAAGAGGAUACAGUAAACAAGCAUUAGCAUAUACAUUUGUUGUAUUUGCACACCUCUCCACAGCCCUCCAUCCAGGUAUUAUGAAGCCCUUGGGGGGCGUUGAGAAGGUGACAACUGAGAAGGGGAGUAGUCAGUUUUACUUUUUCUAAGUGGUGGGAGUUGGCAGGCUUAUGAUAAGGUCACGAGGACGUUAGGAGGUUUAUGAAGAGUCACAGGGCCGUUCGUUCAGAAAAGGCUGAGAAUCACUGCCGUAGCAUAUCCACCUCCACAGUGCACUCACCUCCUCAAACUCUUUUUCUCCACCCCUCUUUCUGUCUUCCCCCCUGCUCUCCCCUCUUACUCUUUCUCCCAUUUUAAAUCUUGCCAUCACAACAAACCUCUUCACUUUUUUGUAACGUCUUCAGAUCUCCGUUGAUGCAAUGCAUCAGUGUUGUAUUAUGAUUCGAGAAGAGAAAGACACUCUUCACCACAUGGAGACCUCAAAUAAAGCUGAGUACAUAUCAA